AUGGCAUCCGCAUCGCCCAAGGUGCCCGUCUACUCUCUCAAUGACCUAAAAAGCACAACCGACGACGCCUUCACACCAUACCUUUGCACCCUCCCUCAACCCUACACCUUCACGCGCGACAACUCCAAAACCACCAUCCGCUUCAUCCUAGGUUAUACUGCCGUCGCAAUCGCCGGUGUCACGUUCUAUCUGGACCGCCAAUUGGGCUGGGAAGCCACGGAGGCAGUAUGGGUGAAAUGGGCUGUUGGAGUUUAUUUCUUGCUGAAUACGUUACUGCAAUACUGGAUUUGGGCGGUGGAGGCUGGGGAGGUGUUUAGGGGUGUUAGGCGAGAUGGGAAUGCUAUAUCAAUCCAAUCCCUCACAAAAAAGCACAGUCCCAUCUACAAAAUCAAAGUUCAAUACGCCUCCCCCGCCGGCAAAAUCUAUCAGCGCAAGGAGAUCGAGUCUCCGUUCACGGCAUGGUUUUCGGCGAAUGGAACGUUUCAUCCAGAGCCGUUCAGGGCUUGGCUUGCGAAGGAGAUUGAUAUCCUGAAAGAGGCUGAGACGGAGACGCUCAAAAAGACUGGUAAUGUUUCUGCGCAUGUCGGUGUUGUGGAGGAGUCUGUUGGCAGUAGUAAGAAGGGAAAGGGCAAGAAGAAAUAG